AUGGAUGACUCAGCGGGCGAUCAACGUCGCCCGAUUCUACGACUAACCCUGCGCCUCAAGUCCAAGUCCGAGCAGACCCCACGGAGCCCAGUCGCGGACGAAACCAGCCAAGAAGGGGAAUCGAAUCCUCCGGUGGAAAGAGUACCACGCAAAUCUAAGCGCCCUCGAAGCUCCCGAUCCCACCAUACGAAGGCGACUCGUCCGAAGAAAUCCGUAUCCAGUCCAGUCAUGGCGCACGGAGCGGAGGAUUGCGCGACUGUGCUAGAGCAGUUUGUGCACGAUGUGGCCAACUUGCCUCUUGAGAUCAACCACUUGAUGGAAGAGAUUCAGGCAAAGGAUAAGAUCAUGCAGGAGUGCCGCGCCACCAUCAACUCGCGCGACGGAAGCAUCCAGAAAUUCAUCAAACUCAACGGCAGUUUGACGCCAAACCCGAAGGAAGAGCAGUAUAGCAAGACCGUCUUGCAAAAUCUCGACCGCUGCGAGGCCCUUCAGAGCGAGAAAAUCCAGCUCAGCGAGAAAGCAUGCGUCCUCCUCGACCGACAGGUCAAGCGACUGGAUGUGCGCAUCCGCGACCUGCAGAACGAAGGCCUGCUCUCGAAUGAACCGCCGCUCCCUUCGCUCUUCGACAAAAACACUACGAGCUACCGCGACCCGCCGAAGGUCUUCUUUCCGGACUCCAGCUCGAACGAUUCCACCUCCUACUCCACGCCUCUCAACCCAACCUCUGGCAACGCCAACCCCAUCCUAGCUGCUGCACAGCGCCUCGCUCAACAGUCCACACCCCGCGUUGCAGGUAUCACCGCGCUGACCGCGCAACAAGCCGUCCGCAACUCCGCCCCAGCCACACCAACCGGCUCCGCCGCCAUGCACCUUCAGCAAAGACAGCGCGAGUCCUCCGCCGGCGCAGUAGACAGCAAACGACGCCGUCUGAACGCCUCCUUGGGCACCCUCCCAGCCGCGUCAUCAAACCUACGCCAGUCCUCCAUUGGACCGGGAACCCCCAAACCGGGCACACCGGCAGCCAGCCGAGCAGGAAGCGCCGGCCCACGGUCCACGGGCGUGAUCAGGAAAGCUUUGACCAAGAAAGUCGCACCCCACCACCAAGUGAAGAAGAUCAAAGCCUCGAACAAAGCCAGCAAGCGCUCAGCCAGCGGAAGCCGGCUCAAGAAGAAAUCACCCAAUGGCGACGGCGACGAAGAUGACGAUUCCAUGCUCAGUAGUGCUGACAUGUCGGAUUCUGAUAAGAGCGGCGUUGAUGAUGACGAGGAUAUGGAUGAUGAUGAUGACGAUGAGGAGGGCGCUGAGGAUACCAAGGUCUACUGUACUUGUCGCACGGUGAGCCAUGGGGAUAUGGUGGCGUGUGAUAAUGAUAGUUGUCCCUAUGAGUGGUUCCACUGGAAAUGCGUGGGGUUGACGCGGGAGCCGGUUGGGACGUGGUAUUGUGACGAGUGUCGGAAGACGUUGGGCAAGUAA